CACACGUUCUCCCACACGGCACCACCAUGCCUCGCGCUCGUGCCGCGGCCGUCCUGGCGCUCGCGCUUCUGCCGACGCUGGCCGCCGCCGGCAUCGAUUUCCGCCGCGAGGCCCCGCCGCCCGGUCACACGUGCGGCGCGCAGGGCACGUACGCUCCCGGCAGCGCCUACGAGGCCAACCUGCGGCGUCUCGGCGCCACCCUUCCCUCCCAGGCAAACGCGUCCUCCUGCAAGUGCUCUCCCGGCAACAACGCCGGCGAGCGUCCCGAUAGGGUCAUCGCGUCGGCCUACUGCUACUGGCUCCCCGACGGGAGCUCGCCGGACUGCGGGGCCUGCAUCACGCGGGCUUUCCGGGAGGCGGAACGGCUGUGCCCGUAUCACCGGCAGGCCAUGGUGGUGGUCGACGGCGGCGCGUGCAGCGUCUGCUUUCACGACGAACAGCGCAUGGAGGAGGGCAUGGGCGUCGGCCUCACCGGGCAAUUUGCACUGGAGCCAAAUGCAUCAUAUCUUGAGUUUCUAUGUCUGAAGCUGAGGUCUCUGUUAGAGAAGCAACUUUUGGAAUCACAUAACAACAGUGAACAUUCGACCCAAGUUUGGAAGUCACCACAACAAGCCGCUACGUGAAGGAUUAUGUCUAUGACAGGCCAUGAAUCUCUUCAGAAGAACAGCCAUGAAACCUUCUUUGCGACAAGGAUAUAUGCGAACUGAGUCUUUGCAUUUCCACUGAUCAAGAUGAAAAGAGAGCCUACCUGUGUCUUUUUCUUCUUGUUUCAGUUAUGUAAUGUGUGGACAGUACUGUUACAACUUUUUCUCUUUGCAUUUGCAGAACAAAUAAUGUGAAUGGUUUUGGUCCACUUAAUAAAAUGAGACCCACUUCCCUUA